AUGUAAUUAAAGCAGAUUAUUAAGCGACAAAUCAGUUCAACACUGAUAUUCAAAGAUGGCAGUUAGAAUUGAUGAAGUUCAUAGAUUUAUGGAGGAAAGUUUAGCAGCUGUGGGUGCUCCACUGAUGGAGGCGAAGGCCCAGGCGGAUCUUUUGAUCCAUGCCGAUUUAGUUGGCCACUUUAGCCACGGCCUCAAUCGUCUCGAACUCUAUAUCAAUGACAUGAAGAACGGUAUUUGUAAGCCAACUGCAAGACCGGUGAUAUUAAAGGAAUCUGCCGCUACAGUUUGGGUGGAUGGAGCGCAUGCUUUGGGUGCAACAGUGGGAAACUUCUGUAUGGACUUAGCCAUAAAGAAGGCAAAGGAAAGUGGAGUAGGAUGGGUCUCAGCUAAAGGAUGUAACCAUUUUGGCAUGGCUGGCUACUGGGCUCUAAAGGCAGAGCGUGAAGGUUUAAUCGGCAUGGCUUUUACCAAUUCUGCGCCAAUUAUGACGCCAACGAGGUCUAAAAACAGCGCAAAUGGUACGAACCCCAUUGCGAUGGCAGCACCAGCUGGUGAUGGCGACUCAUUAGUGGUUGAUAUGGCAACUACCGCGGCUGCUAUGGGCAAGGUGGAAAUACAGAUGCGUAAAGGUGAAAAGAUACCAGAAGGCUGGGCCCUCGGGCCAGACGCUAAGCCAACCACAGAUGCUGAACUGGCGUUUAAAUCUGGCCGACUUAUGCCGCUCGGUGGUUUCGAGGAGACCAGCGGUUACAAAGGCUACGGUUUAAGUGUAAUGGUGGAACAGUUCUGUAGUGGUCUAUCUGGGUCGAACCCAUCUCAUAAAGUUUCCGGUUGGUCAUACACACAGACGCAACCACCCAACAUGGGUCAAUGCUUUGUGGCUAUCGACCCAGAACGAUUCGCACCAGGCUUCCAAGGCAGAGUAAAGGGUUGCCUGGAUCAUUACAGAAGUCUGGAGCCAGUUGACCCAGCGCUUCCAGUGUUAGCUCCAGGUGACAAAGAGAAACAUAAUCAAGCAAUAACAAGAGAUAGGGGAACAAUUAUCUAUCCACAAGCCCAAAUCGAGUCCUACAACAAAUUAGCUGCGCAAAUUGGUGUAGAUCCUAUUAAAACAGAAUUUAUAUAAUACCAUAUUGUAUUUUUAAAUUUUACUUCUAUAAAAUUAAAAAAAAAACAUUACUAAGUGUCUAUCUGAUACCUGAUCUAAAAUUGGAAGUGUAUAUUUUUAUUGUAUGUUAUUUUUUUGUGACAUUCAUGUUUACUACAAUUGUCAUGAAUUAUAAAAUAUAGCUUGUAACAAAUGCUAUAUGCAUUAUACGAUGUAAUGAACUUUAAUAAAUAAAUAACACACAAUCUAAUUUGUAAAGAUCAGUGAAUGUGAUGACUAAAAGGGCUUUAUCUGUCAUAAAUCAUGAUGAUUCUUUACAAUAUUAUUUCUAAGCGAAACACGCAAACAUUCCAUUGUUUCGUCUAUAAUUUUUAUUCGUAUUAUUUAAUUAUUGUUAUUAAGUGUUAUGUCCUUCUAUUCAUUAGUUUAAAGCUCAAAGUUGUCUUAGUAAUCAUUCUUCCAAGUAAAGCAACAUUUCGAAUGCUCUCCAUUCAAACUUAAAUUAUAAACUUAACUGUUAAACAUUUUGUUCUAUACGAAGUUUUACAGCUGAUAGUGCCCAAGACGGGAUUGACUAGAAUAAUAAUAAUAAUGCGUGUUUAUUUCCAAUUGUUACAAAUGUUGAAUAUACAGUUUAGAAUUGUUAUACAAAUAUAUUUUUUCUUGCUC